AUGACAAAGGGGGAGUUUUCUUUGAUGGUGAGUAUGAUGUUGGUUGAUUUUUUGAUUUGCUAUUAAUUUUUACAGUUGGUGAUAAUUGCUGCUAUAGUUAAGUCGGAUCGAUCAUCUCGCGCAUGGGCUGCGAAAGUUCUUGUCAACAGCGAUGAAGCUCGCGACCACGGACGAAAGGUAUUCGGACUUCCUAGUCAAGUUGCCAAUUUUAUAAAGGUAUGCGAGGCUAUAUAUAUUUUUGAAAUUGUGUGUUGAUGUAUAAGUACAACGAUUAUACAAACUCUUACACCAUAAGAUUUUAUAAUUUAUAUUUAUUUCUAUUUUAUUCCUAAAAAAAAAUAAAAAAAAAGAAUACUUUAUAAUUGUAAUAUAAUUUUAAUUGUUUUAUAAAGUGUUAGUAUAAUAGUGGCACACGGUGUAUGUUGAAGCAGAAGAGUAAAGUAAUAUCCCCACAAUCAAAAGCAGAAGGCUUGUUCAAUAUAAAUGGCUUAGGCUUUUCCUUGUAAAAAGUAUUCUAGUUAUCACAAGUAAACCUGAUUUGCCAAGAAAUUAAAUAAUGGAGCUUCAGAUUCCAGAUGAUAUAAUAAAUAAAUAAAUUGCUAAGAAAGAGAGAUGUGUUUCAAUCAGUUGGGUGCUGAAAAUAAUUAACAUACAAAAAGGCGGCCUCCCGUUUCGACGACAGAUCGAAUUGCCGAACUAAUGGUUAUAGCUAAGUGUUAACUAUGCCGAUGAAGCUCGUAUAGUUUGAUUUUAGCACAAGUUGUUUCUGGUGUUUUCGUCAAACAAUGGAAACUGCAGAAGCGAACUCUUUGUUAGGAUACGGAAAAUCUCCAUGGGUGUUCAAAGGCAGUGCCUUGUACCAGCUGCAUCUCGUCAAGGCAGAGACAGCUCGAGCUUUUAUUCCGCCAUGGGCUGCAAGAGUUCUGGUGAACAGUGACAAGGCAUGCGUCCAUGGUCGAAAGGAUGUUGGACUUCCGAGUCAAGUUGCAAAUUUUACGAAGAGUGUUACAGCACUUCCUGCGACAAAGAGAAAUCGAUUCGGUGGGUUUAUGAACAAGAUUGGCUUGGCUCAUAAUAAUAAUAAUAGCACGAAGAAAGAGAUGAACAGUCAUACGGCAACUGGCAUUUGCACUAUCAACCUUCCUCCUGCUGCACCUCAAAACGACGCAAAACGAUGGAUCGGCCCUGCAAUCAAAAUGUCCCUCCCAAGCUUUAGCGGCCGCACUGAAUAUAACCCUAACCUCCUAAAGUACUCUUGCCAGAUCGAAUGCAGGAUUCGAGAAGCCCCC